CACCGCACUCUUCUUCUAACCCUAAUUCCUCCACCACUUCUCAUUUCCCGUCAGCCGCCGCUGCCGCCGCUACACGUUCCCGCACUAUGUCCGACGACGACGACCACUUAGCCUCACCCUUCUCCAUUAAAAACUCUCCAUCUUCGUCGCCGUCACCGUCACCUCCGCCGCCUUGUACAGACGACAAGCUACUAGCAUUGCCUCUACCUCCGAUGCUUACGCCGGCGUCGGUGUCAGCUCGGACGCCAGUUUUUCCAGCUCGAGAAGAUUGCUGGUCAGAGGCAGCGACACAUACUUUAAUAGAGACAUGGGGUUCCAAGUACGUGGAGCUCAAUCGCGGAAAUCUCCGGCACCAGCAAUGGCGGGAAGUUGCCGACGCUGUCAACGCCCUUCACGGCCACACCAAAAAGCAAUACCGCACUGACAUACAGUGCAAAAACCGCAUCGACACCUUAAAGAAGAAGUACAAGAUCGAGAAGACUAGGGUUUCUCAAUCUCAAGGACGUUAUGUCUCCACGUGGCCUUUCUUCAGCAGCCUCAACCCCCUCAUCGGCGUCACCUAUAAAGUCUCGCCGUCUCCGUCGCCGGAAACGUUCAUUCCUCAACGUAGAAAGUCUCCGUCGCCUUCGCCGGCGACGUUCACUCCUCAAUGGAGAUCGUCUCCACCGCUGCUUCCUCCGCCGCUAUUUGGCAUACCAGUUGGUCUCCGGUCGAAGCGCCCAGCGGCAGCCAUGGAUUACACGGUGUCACGGAGGAAUUUCUCGGCCAUGGCAGCAGCGGCGGCGGCUGCGUCUGAGGAUUCAGGUGAAGAGGAUGAGGAGGGAUUGGAGAAGUCAAGUCGAAAGAGGAGUGGUGGGGUGGUGGUAGAGGGGGGUGGUUAUAGGAGGAUAGCUGAGGCAAUAGGGAGGUUUGGGGAGAUAUAUGAAAGAGUAGAAAAGGCAAAGCAGAGGCAAAUGGUGGAGUUGGAGAAGCAAAGAAUGCAAUUCGCAAAGGACUUGGAGAUUCAGAGAAUGAAACUUAUUAUGGAGUCACAACUGCACCUUCAAAAGCUUAACCGCUCUAAACCGCACUUCACAAGCCGCCAAUCUCAAACCUGAAAGGGUCUUAACGCACAAGGGAGAUUAAGGAUUCCUGGGAGCUACUCGCAUUAAUUAUGCUAGAAACAGUGGAGUGAAGUUGACAAUGAUUGGAAAGACUUGGGCUAACCAAGGAUUGGGACUGAGGCUUCUCCUGUGGUUGUGAACUCAAAUGUAUUCGCUGGAUUAUUUCCUUAAUUAUGUCUCAAUGAGAGAGUUGAUGCAUAGAUAUUCAUUUUGUGACAUAUUUUAUUAUAUGUGACACUACGUUAUUUGACACUGAUGUUGUAUGACUUAAAUAUCACACAAGUUAUUCUUGAUGAAAUGGGAAGUGAAUUCUCUCAUGUUGUGAACUUCCUCAGUUAUGAGGUACCUAUUUGAGGAACAGAUGUGUCAUGUGCGGCAAUCUUUCAGCGUCAUGUCUGCGUUAUACUAGGUAUUAUGUUAAAGCUGCAUAUGGGCACUUCUGAAUGAGCUAUAAAACAUCACCAAUGAAAUUGGUUUGGUGUGUAUAAGAGAUGAGUGUUUUUUCCGUUUCUGCUGCCUUGUCAGUUUUCUUUUGAUUGGUGGUCACUUUGUUUUGUACUUAUCACAUUUCUUAAACGAGAAGCUCACAACUUUCUGUUCU